AUGGCCUUGGGGAAAAGGGGCGGAGGGCUAUUAUGGAGGGAUUUGGCGAGCGUGAAAAGCACCGCUGCACAGCCGGCGGCAAGCCAGACGCGGUGGGUCCACGUGGAGAUCUGCCAAAGGUUUCUCCACACCCGGGCUACGUGCUCCUCUGAUCUUCCAACCUCCGAGCUAUCUGAGGCCCAGCCCAUCAAAGAAUCACUUAGCUCCAGAGACUUGGGCCCAUUCAAAAUUGGGCUCGCCCCAACAUCUGGGCUUGUACCCGAAAGCCCAAUCGAACGCCAGCUCCAGGCCCAGGAAAAACCCGGUCCUAUCCAGAAUCCGGUUCCAGAUUCCGCUGACGAUGCAGUAAUUGUUGUUGUAAGGCGGCCGGUGGUGGGCGGCGUGCUGCGACGGCGCCAGAAGGAUUCCGGCGUCCUGAAGCGCCGUCACGACGGCCGGAAGCUUCCGUCUGGGCGUGUGGGCCCACGCGUGGAACUGUUGGCUGAAAAUCUCGCUGGCACCGAAUACGCCGACGAACAUGAGCAAAGGCGGGUUAGUGGAGAGAAUAUUAAUGGGGAUGACGGCCGCCGAUACAGACGCCGCCGUCAGGUAGAGAUUGACGGCGACCUGCUUUUUGGUGAUCGCCCACGGCUGCUGGUGGUGGCCCUACCAAAUGCUAGAAAAUUUACCAAAAAGAAUAAAUUGAAAUCAAAAGAUUGCUAA